AUGGCUCCAGCGUGCAGUGUCUUCUGCCUGCCUGGAGAGGCCUGCAGCCCUGCCUCGCUUUCACCCAACACUGCCCUGGAUGCAGUUCCCAAGACGACGGCAGUCGCCCCACAGAGGCCCAUCUCCAAACGCAGCCACUCAGCAUUUGGGGACACAACAGGGCAGAAAGUGACUAUUCUGCAGACAGCUGCCCACGUGGCUCCAGUGGCCUGGAGCUCAGGGUGGGCUUGCAGGGUUUCAGGGAAGAAGGGACUGAAGCCAGCGCUGGUACCGCCUCCACAUACGUCGCCCGGGGACAUUCAGCAGUCUGCGGGGGACUUUCCACCCAAGCCCAGGGACACAGGAACCCGAGCACCUGAUGCCACCGGCGCACGCUGGGCCCCAGAUGCACGUGGAUGCGAGCAUGGGCGGACCACCAUCCGGUCUCAAGAAGCAGCGGGAACUGUCCCCACAUCCCCAGCAGGACCCGUCUUCUCUGCUGGAGUCUUGGCGUCUUCCCGACUCUCGGGUGGAAGGAGGCCCACCUUGGCCCACCCACAGACCAUCAUCGCAGGGCCACCCCCGAGGCCAGAGGUAAAGGGCGUUGCACGAGGUUCCAGCCGAGUGGAGAUCUCCAGGUGCUCCUGUCCAAGAGGGAGUCCUUCAGGGCAUCCGCCAGUCGUAAAAGAGCCAAGGACAGAACUUCCAGGACAUUGGAGCCAGAGGUGGAAGACGCACAGGCCAAAGGAGCCGCUGUGCUGGUGCAGCUGGAAGAGGGGUCCUCAGGCGCAGCUUCCUCUGCUGCCCAGCUGCCAGGGUCAGGACUGGCGAGGGGCUGAGUGCUGUCUUGGAAACAGAUGCCUCUGCCUGGCCGCCAUUCUGUCCCUGCCAAAUGCAAGAGGUGAAGUGGCCCGGGUGACUCUGAAGGGACACGGCUUCCACGCUCCCCAGUGCAGUGCCUGGGCCGGUGUGGUCAUUCCCGGAUGUGCUGCCGAGUCGGGAGCCGUGAGCAGGCUUCUCAAGAACAGCACUCACCACUGUUCUCUCUCCCUUCGCUGCCUGGUGGGGUUCUGCCCACCUUCACGUAGGCAGUUGACCAGGAGAAAGAAACUGUUUCCCUGCUGGACCAGCCCUCUCGACUCCGGCCGGUGUGGACCAAAACGAGGGCAAAUCACGUCCCUUCUGUCCCAGCCGACUGGUCCACCAGCCCCGUGAAGCCUCCGUGGGGACGCGGAGGGAAGGGAGGGAAGGCUGCAGACUGACCCACAGAAGGUGUUAGUUGGGGUAAGUGUGGAGAAGCAGGAGGGAAAGCCGGGAGGAAGAGGGUUUGAAGACGCACUGACCACCUGGAAGAAAACACCUCUCGCCAGGAGGUUCAUCCAUUUUCCAAAGUGGUCUUAGCUUGCGCUGUGCGGCUCUUACCAAGGGUGCUGGCUCAUGGAGAUGCCCUCGGGCGGGCAGAGGCAGCAGUGUGCUGGAGCAGGCUCGAGGUGUGGGCGCAGACAGGCGGGCACAGACACGCAGGGUCUCCCCGAGGAAGAGCAGCAGCCUGCCUGGACGGCGGAGGGGGCCUCACCCAGUGGCUCUUCUGUGGCGGGAGCAGAUGAGGUGACCCCCAAGUCCACACCGGGCACAGCUGAAGCCGUGUCCCAAGGUGGCCUCACAGGAGCACAGCUGACUCUGGCUUCUCACGGUACAAGUGAUCAGAUGACAUGCAGCACCGUGGGCGUGCCUUUUCUGCAACCCAGGACACACUCAGGUAACGGGUGACUCAGGGGUAAGCCCUUGAAGGAAAGGGUGGUGGCAAAGCUGCCUCAUGAAGAUGACCUUGGUCUCUGCCUUUUCUGGGCUGAGUCUCCCUGUCUCUCCCUCUCUCUUCUCUGCCCUCCCACCUCUCUCAAACUUAAUUUGGGCCAAUAUUUGUCCUGCUUGUCCCUCCCUCUCCAUCUCAUAUCACUCAGUGUGCCCACCCACCUUGAUCUCACUGACCUGCUGUAAAUCAACAACCACAUGCUCAUGAGUGGCCACCUGACCUGGGGAAGACCCCGCUGCACCUCUGCACGGGGCCCUGGACUCUCCUCAGCACCCCAGAGUCUCCGCGGUGCUGUCUGAAUGUUUGAGUCAAUGGCUCGAGGGGGGAGCAGCAAACAUCAUCAAAUACUGAAUGUUCCCAAUACAAUACCAAGUGCACGGAGCAGUAAGUACUAUAAAACAAGCUCAUGAGUUGAUCAGUGAAGGAUUUGAAUAGAAUACUCAAUAUUUCAAGUAAGACAUAUCAAAAUUAAAACUAAGCUUGGCUGUCA